UGUGCCUGCAGCCAAGGAAAUCUGUGCAAAAAUUGCAAGCGACCGGGUCAUUAUGCAAGAGAAUGCCCUAAUGCAGCUGUCUGCAACAACUGCGGUCUCCCUGGGCACAUUGCAUCCGAGUGUACUACCAAGUCGUUAUGCUGGAACUGUCGAGAGCCAGGCCACAUGGCCAGCGACUGUACUAAUGAGGGCAUUUGCCAUACUUGCGGCAAGGCUGGCCAUCGCGCCAAGGAUUGCACAGCUACUCCAUUGCCACCAGGGGACAUGAGGUUGUGCAACAAUUGCUAUAAGCAAGGUCAUAUUGCAGCAGAUUGUACAAAUGACAAGGCAUGCAACAAUUGCAGGAAGACAGGCCACCUGGCACGUGAUUGCCAAAAUGAACCAAUCUGCAACUUGUGCAACAUCUCUGGGCAUGUGGCUAGGCAGUGCCCGAAGUCCGAAGUUCUAGGAGAUAGGGUUGCUGGGGGUCGCAGCAGCGGUUACCGAGAUAUAGUUUGCCGGAGUUGUCAUCAGGUGGGUCACAUGAGCAGGGAUUGCAUGGGCGCAUUGAUGAUCUGCCACAACUGUGGUGGCCGAGGGCACUUGGCGUUUGAGUGCCCUUCUGCUCGAUUUAUGGACCGUGGACCUCGACGUUACUGACAGGAUAGCUCACAGGUCUGUAAGGGGCAUUGUUGAGGACUUCAAAUUGAGAAACUACUUUAUUUAUCUCUUUUAUGAAUUGGAAAACUUAAGGAUUGUUGUUGUGGAUAGGUUUUAACAUAUUCCAUGUGUUUGUGAGAGAGAGUGAGGGAGAGGGAGAGUACCAAAUGGAUUCGGCUAAAUAGAUACUUUUCUCCCAUAUUUGUUGUUAGUUUAUACUUAUAUAUGUUUUUUGAGUCA